AUGUAUGAAAAAGAUGAAACUGAAUCACCUUCAACAUUUGUUAAACCUGAUGAUUCUCUGACAUUUGUCAAUAUUACCAGUCGACAUACUCCAGUACAAAGUGUUAUUGUAGCACCUAUGCAAUUAAAUACUUUAAAACAAUCUUCAACAUCAGAUCCUGUUCUUACUCGUCUUGAAAAAAAUGGUUUUACAACAUCAUCAAAUAGUCGACCACCAAGUGCAACUAAUGUUAAACGAUCUUCUGAAGAUAAAGAUCUCAAAUGUAUAAAUGCUGCUCUAGAAAUUGAACGAAAUCGUCUUGUUGAAUUUAUUCAAACAUUACAAAAACGUCUUGACAAUGCUAAUACACAACUUGUUGAACAAGAAAAUAAAUUAAUUGAACAACGUAAAAUGAAUGUUCGUCUAGAAAAAGAUAUGGAAAAAGUUAAACUUGAUUUAAAUAAUGUAAAAAAUCGAACAGUAAAAGGACGUGGAGCAAUACCAUCAGUACCAAAAUCAGCAUCUAUACAAUCAGAUAAUCAUGAAACAAUUGAAGAACUUGAAAUACGUCUAACACUUAAAGCCGAAGAAAAUGAUGCACUAAAAAAUGCACUUAAAUCAAUGUUAGAUGCUAAAGAAGAAGAUUUAAAAUUAUAUAAUGAAACAAUACAAUCAGUUAAAGAUAUUUUUCUACAAGGAAUUCAACAUUAUAAACCUUUACAAACAACAAGAGGGUCAACAUAA